AUGUGUGAUCAGUGCGGAUUUAGAACCGCCGUAGGGUCAUACCUAACCCGGCAUAUGAAAAAACAUACCGGCCUGAAACCCUACAAAUGUGACCAGUGCGACUUUUGCUCUGUGGACAAAUGGAAUUUGAAGCGACACGUGACACAACGACACACCGGUGAGAAACCCUUCUCUUGUACCACGUGUGCAUUCAGAACAGCUGAUAAGUAUACCCUAAGCCAGCAUAUGUUGACCCACAGCGAUGAAAAACCCUACAUUUGCGGUGAUUGCGGCUACCGAACGGCAAAAAAGUCUCACCUAACCCGACACGCGAAGAAACAUUCGGGCGAGAAACCCUUCUUUUGUGGGAUUUGUGGGUACACCGCCGUUCUUAAAUCUUAUCUAACUGUACAUAUGAGAAAACAUACGGGUGAAAAGUUACACAAAUGUCCGCUGUGCGACUAUGCUGUCGCAGGAAAAAGCGAUCUGACGAAACACGUCAUGGUGAAACACACCGGUGAGAAACCUCACGCGUGCCAGUGGUGCAACUACAGUACUGCCGACAAGUCAGCUCUUUAUCGUCAUGUGAGAAAACACACCGGUGAGAGACCUUACAAAUGUGUCCAGUGCGACUACACUGCCGUUCAGAAGGAUCGUUUAGACACACACGUCAUGCUAAAACACACCGCCUGGAGUCCAGUCCUGUUCGCUUUGUUCCGCUCCCCAAGGUCGCUACUCCGCGACCUUGGGGAGUGGAACAAAGCGAACAGUCCUAUUGGAAAACACAGCAGUGAGAAACCCUACAUGUGUAGUGAAUGCGGAUACAAAACAGCUGAUAGGGCAAAUCUAUCCAGACAUAUGAGACAACACACCGGUGAGAAGCCCUACAAAUGCGACCAAUGCGACUUUUCUGCUGCACAGAAAGAAUAUCUGAACAGACACAUUGUGAUGAACACACCGCUAUCUCAAGUACAACAACACGUCAUGACAAAACACACCGGUGAGAAACCCUACAUGUGUGAUCAUUGCGGGUACAGGACUGCUGUUAGGUAUAGCCUCUACAGACAUAUGAGAAAGCACACCGGUGAGAGACCUUAUAGUUGUGAUCUAUGUGCGUUUUCUACGACCCGGAAAGAAGUUUUAGAUCAACACGUCAUGGCAAAACACACGGGUGAGAAACCCUACAUGUGUGAUAAGUGCGGGCUCAGGACGGCUGACAGGUCAGUUUUGUCACGACAUAAGAAAAAACAUGCAGGCGAAAAACCCCAGUAG